GCGGGCGGGCAGAGCUGAGCUGAGCUGAGCGGACAGACACAGACGCUGCCACCUGAUCCCAUCCAGGCGCAGCACGGCAAGCUACCCGCACGAGCGUGUAGGGCCCGUUACCUUCAGACCCGGCAGAUUUCAGGACAAGGGGCCCAGGGGAAGCGGAAGGUAGCCCCUGACCCAAGUUGGAGACAGAGCCUGCCUGCGUUUCUGGGAACACUGGCCCUGCUACCAGAACCCCAGGACCCCCCAUGAGUGCUGGUAAAGGAAUCCUGGAUAGUGAAGCCCUGGCUGGUCCAGGAGUGAGUACUCCACCAUGCCACCCAUCCUCCAGUGCCUGCAGCAGUCCACCACGAUGAUGAGCCGCAGGAAAAUCCUGCUAUUGGUGCUAGGGUGCAGCACUAUAAGCCUCCUCAUCCACCAGGGGUCGCAGCUCAGUUGGUACCCCAAGUUGUUUCCUCUGAGCUGCCCGCCGCUGCGAGAGUCGCCCCCCCGUGCCAAGCACACGGCCGUGGCCUUCCUGAAGACUCACAAGACAGCGGGGACCACGGUGCAGAACAUCCUGUUCCGCUUCGCAGAGCGCCACAAUCUCACCGUGGCCCUGCCUCACCCCAGCUGCGAGCACCAGUUCUGCUACCCGCGAAACUUCUCGGCGCACUUCGUGCACCCGGCCACGCGGCCCCCGCACAUGCUGGCCAGCCACCUGCGCUUCGACCGCGCCGAACUCGAGCGCCUCAUGCCGCCGGGCACGGUCUACGUCACCAUCCUGCGCGAGCCGGCCGCCAUGUUCGAGUCGCUCUUCAGCUACUACAACCAGUACUGCCCGGCCUUCCGGCGCGUGCCCAACGCGUCGCUCGAGGCGUUCCUGCGCGCACCCGAGGCCUACUACCGGCCCGGCGAGCACUUUGCCAUGUUCGCGCACAACACGCUGGCCUACGACCUGGGAGGCGACAACGAGCGCAGCCCACGCGAGGACGCCGCCUACCUGGCGGGCCUCAUCCGCCAGGUGGAGGAGGUCUUCUCGCUGGUCAUGAUCGCCGAGUACUUCGACGAGUCCCUCGUGCUCCUGCGGCGUCUGCUGGCCUGGGACCUGGACGACGUGCUCUACGCCAAGCUCAACGCGCGCGCCGCCACCUCGCGCCUGGCCACCAUCCCCGAGGCGCUGGCGCGGGCCGCGCGCGCCUGGAACGCGCUCGACGCCGGCCUCUACGACCACUUCAACGCCACCUUCUGGCGCCGCGUGGCGCGCGCGGGCCGCGCCUGCGUGGAGCGCGAGGCGCGCGAGCUGCGCGAGGCCCGCCAGCGGCUGCUGCGCCGGUGCUUCGGCGACGAGCCGGUGCUGCGACCCGCCGCCCAGAUUCGCACCAAGCAGCUGCAGCCUUGGCAGCCUAGCCGCAAAGUGGACAUCAUGGGCUAUGACCUGCCGGGCGGCGGUGCUGGCCCCGCCACGGAGGCCUGCCUCAAGCUGGCAAUGCCCGAGGUGCAGUAUUCAAACUAUCUGUUGCGGAAGCAGAAGCGCCGAGGUGGGGUGCGGUCGAGGCCGGAACCGGUCCUGGAUAAUCCUCCCCCUCGACCCAUCCGAGCAUUGUCCCGCAUCCCCCAGGGUACCUGAGUUCUGUCUGCCUCCUGGAACCCAGGUCUUGCUCCAUUAGGGCCCUUUUAUUCUCCACAGGCUUGAGCCCUGUGUCCAAAUGGAGGUGCAUCUGCAUCUGAGCCUGCCACCCCAGUGUCGCCUGAACCCCACUUUCUGGGAUGGCAUUGAUGCGCCACCCACUCCUCCUUCCCACUUGGUUGGUGACUUUGACAAGAGAUCCAAGGGUGUUCCAACACUGCCUACCCUGCCUUUUUCUGGGGACUGAGAACCCCACCUGUCUUUUGAGGGGCUGAGCCCCCCACCUGUGUGAAGUGGAUGACCACAAGCCCCAGAGAGGGACUAAGUCCUGGGAAAACGCCGUGCUUCCUGUCAGCGCCUGGGCUUUUGUUCUUCCCAGAGCUGCAGAGGUCCGAUACUGUCUUCCAGUCUACUUCCCUAAACACCUAAGCUGCUCCCAGACACCCAGAACCAAGAGUUCUUGGGUUGGGCUUUUUGUUUGGUCCUUUCUCCUCCUCCUUGGGUUGGGCUUUUUGUUUGGUCCUUUUUCCUCCUCCUCUUCCUCCUCCUCUUCUUUUUUUUUAAUAAAAUAACUUGAAAUGUGUAUGUCAGUUAUUGAAGGUCAGAAUCUCCAAGUUUGAAGAUGAGGCAGAUCUUUGGGGGAUGCUGUGGCUGGACCCAGACUUGAUCAAGCUGGCUGCCCCUUCCAAAGUCCUUUGACCUGGCAUGCCCACAGUGACCAUAGCCAUCUGGGCCCCACUCAUUUGCC